AUGAAAUUCUCUGCAGCUGUCCUGGUACUGGCUUCUCUGGCAUCGGCUCAUUACGUCUUCCCUUCCGUCACCUACAAUGGCAAGACUACGAACGACUGGGAAGUCGUUCGCAAAACAACAAACUUCCAGUCCAACGGGCCCGUCACAGACGUGACUAGCUCGCAAAUGACAUGCUACCAGCUCGCGCCCGGCAACGAGGGAGCCACGGUUCUCGACGUCACAGCUGGCUCGACCAUUGAUGAACCAGGGUACAACGCCAAAGCGUCCAUUUCCCACCCCGGACCCAUCAACUUCUACAUGGCCAAGGCGCCCUCCGGCACAAGCAUCACAAACUGGGACGGCUCCGGCAAGAACUGGUUCAAGAUCUACAGCGACGGCCCCACUGUCACCUCAGGCGGCCUAACGUGGCCGACAAACGGCAAGGCAACAGUCAACGUCCAGAUCCCAAAGUGCAUCGAGAACGGCGACUACUUCCUCCGCGUCGAGCACAUCGCCCUCCACAGCGCCAGCAGCGUCGGAGGCGCCCAGCUGUACAUCUCGUGCGCCCAGCUCCGCGUCACGGGCGCCACGGGCACGUACAAGCCGAACCUCAUGUCGUUCCCCGGCGCCUACAGCCCCAAUGAUCCCGGCUUGGUUGUAAAUAUUUACUACCCUGUGCCGACCAACUACAAAGCUCCUGGGGGUGACGCUUUGACUUGCUGA